AUGAAGAGGGAUGUUAGUUGGAGAGGUAUACAUUACAGAAAGCGUCUGCUUGGAUUAACAUUGUUUUGGACCUUAUUGAAUGCAAAACUUCUGGGAUUGGAAUUACAUUUUUGGAUCAUUAGCAAGUUAAGGCAGAUUAGAGAAAUGAGGAAACAAACUCCAGGCUUGGUAUAAAAGUGCCGUGAAAUGACCCGCUGACACAGAAAAAGAAGAUUCUGUGAAUCCUGUAUAUACUUCAGUUCAGUUGGUCACAGUAAGGCAGAUGCUGUAUAGCAGAUAUGAAGUGUUGGAGGAUUCCUGUCAUAAUUACUGUCCUACAGCAAACAUGGAUUCUGGCCAUGGAGAUUCCUCCUGAUGUCAGACAGCCGCCAAUGAUCUAUAAAGAGAGUGUUCAAGACUACAUAGUAGAUCCGGUUGACCCAAUCAUAGUGGAGUGUGAAGCAACAGGGAAUCCACCUCCAGUCUUCACAUGGACGCGUAAUGGAGUUUACCUGAACGUGGCACGGGAUCCUCAGGUCAGCAUGAGGUGGCGUUCGGGCACAUUAGAGAUUUUCUUCUGGGGACGUCCUGACGAUUAUGAGGGCAUCUAUCAGUGCACGGCCACCAAUGAGUUUGGCACUGCUCUCUCCAGUUACAUCAAUCUGCGUGUCUCCAAGGCCCGAACAUGGUUGAAGGAGUAUCUGGAGCCAGUCACAGUAGUAGUUGGACUUCCUCUCAUCCUUCCCUGCAAUCCACCUGAAGGCCCUCCUAAACCAGACACUUACUGGCUGAACAGUACAAUGUCGCCAAUUCGUCAGGAUCGUCGAGUGUCAAAGUCAGAGAACGGAGAUCUGUACUUCUCCAGUAUCGUAGCAGACGACGCUCUUACCAACUAUGUCUGUGUGGCCCGUUUUCCCUUCACCAACACCAUCCAGCAGAAACCACCCCUCAUCCUGCAGGUGCUCACAGCUCGCAUGGCAGCACACACGGCACCCAAGUUUCUGAAACCCAAAGGAACUGCCAGCACAAGGAUUGCGAUGCUGGGAGAGGAGCUUAUUCUGGAGUGUUUUGCUGCAGGAGUUCCAACUCCCUCCAUCAAAUGGACUAAAGAUUAUGAAGAGAUGACUAUGACAGGGAAGAAGCUGGAGAAUUUUAAUAAGACGCUUAGAAUAAAGAAGAUCGCAAUGGAUGAUGGAGGAGACUAUAUCUGCACCGCUUCUAACAGGAUGGGCAGCCUGGACCACAUCAUCACUGUCAGGGUCAAAUCGGUUCCGUUCUGGCUGGAGAAGCCUGAGAGUCUGGUUCUGUCUCGGGAUGACGGUGGUAGUAUGGUGUGUAGAGCUGAUGGGAUUCCUCGACCACAGAUACAAUGGCUGGUUAAUGGAGAGCCAAUCAGUGAUGCUCCUAGGAGUCCAGGCAGACAGGUUUCUGGAGACACUUUGACUUUCAGGGGUGUGGUUCCAGACAGUGCUGCUGUUUUCCAGUGCAACGCUUCAAACCCAUACGGAUAUAUCAUGACUAAUGCUUUCUUGGCUGUAAUGGACAUGAAGCCUCGUCUGCUUGGUCCGAGAGAUGAACUGUUUAAAACAACAGAAGGCAAUCUCACUCUUCUAGACUGCCCAUAUUUUGGCUCUCCUAAACCUGUUCUACGGUGGUCAAAAGGUGGAGUUGGUACAUUAGAAGGAGGCCGUUAUAGGACUCUUCCAAAUGGCACAUUGGAAAUCAGAAACACAAAGUUACAAGAUCAGGGUGCCUAUGUGUGUGUUGCAAGCAACGUCAUUGGACGAGAUGAGAAAGAGGUGCAACUAGAGGUCAAAGAGCCCAUUAAAAUCAUCCGCGCUCCACACAAUACUGUAGUCAUAAGAGGGAGUCUGGCUCGCUUUGACUGCAAGAUUAAAUUUGACACGUCUCUUGAUGUCACCGUGACUUGGCUUAAAGACAAGAAGUUCUUGAUCUUAGGAAGAAGGAUGACAAAGGAUGAGGAAUCUCUGAGCAUUGCUGAUGUGUACAGAAGAGAUGAAGGCGUCUACACAUGCAGGGUUAAAAGUGAACUGGAGGAGGUCACAACUUCUGCUAAACUCACUGUGAUGGACCGUCCAGACCCCCCAACUGACCUAGAGAUAUCAGACCCAUCCGAAAGGAGCGUUAGACUCACAUGGACACCAGGACUGAGCAACCACAGUCCUAUUAAAGAGUACCUGAUUCAGUACACCGAAAAUCUCCUUGCUGACUAUUGGCUGCUGCCGAGUGGCUGGAAAAAUCUGACCAGUUAUCCAGGAAGCCUCAAUUCUGUCAUUUUACAGCUGACCCCGUUUGUAGAGUACACAUUCAGGGUCAUUGCUGUAAAUGGAAUCGGUCCCAGUAAACCCAGCUGGGCAUCUGAAUAUUACCAGACUGGUGGAGCUGUGCCUGAUGCCAUCCCAAGAAACAUCCAAGGACUGGGAUAUGGAGUGUUCAGAAAUAACAUGGAAAUCAGCUGGGAGCCACUGGAGUACAGAGAAUGGAAUGGGCCAAAACUAGGCUAUAUGGUUUGGUGGCGACGGCGGGAUUCAAGAGAGGAGUGGAAGAACUACACAACAUACUGGUGGUGCAGCACCAUCAUCUACGACACUGACACCUUCACGCCGUAUGAGAUCAAAGUUCAGGCCAUUAACUUUUUUGGUUAUGGCCCAGAAUCUCCUGUUGUUAUUGGCUACUCUGGAGAAGAUCGUCCAGUUGCUGCUCCAUCUGAGCUGAGUGUGUCAGACAUUGAAAGCACAACACUGACAGUCCACUGGGAGCCAGUGGCAAGAGCUGACAUCAUGGGGGAAAUAAAGGAGUACAAAGUGUAUUACUGGAGAGAAAGCAGUCGCCUGCCCUGGCACGUUGUGACCAGGAGGAUUAAGACCAAAAGUUUUAAAGCUAAUGGACCACGUCUGUCCGGGACUCUGACUGGUCUUGUCCCAUUUAGUAACUACAAGAUGUACAUAGUAGUGGCUAAUAACCGAUAUGAAGGGCCGCCCAGCCACAACAUUGAGUUCCAGACUCCUGAAGGAGUGCCCACCAUUCCCAGAUCAUUCAGGAUCAUGCAUCGCCACUAUGACACCCUUUACCUGGACUGGGAAGAGCCUGCAGAACCCAACGGUGUUCUCACUGGAUAUAUUCUCAAAUAUCAGUCAUUGAAUGUCAGUGUGGGAAUCCAGGUAGAAAACAUCCCUCCUAACAUCACUUACUUCUCUCUGCGGCGUCUUGACCGAUACACCCGGUACAAGUUUUCUCUGGCAGCACAAACUGAGGUUGGAGUUGGCGAGGCUUUUACAGAGGAAUCGCCCCAUUUCACAACUGAGGAAUAUACCCGGGAUCAAGUAGACAUCGUGACGCAGGGAUGGUUCAUUGGUUUGAUGUGUGCAGUUGCUCUUCUUGUCCUCAUCAUGCUCAUAGUGUUUUUCAUCAAGAGGAGCCGAGGAGGAAAGUACCCAGUACGGGACAAUAAGGACUUUGCACUGGAGCCGAUGGAUGAAAACGGAACCUUUGAUUACAGGUCUCUUGAGAGGAUAACACGAGUGUCCACCAUACCUUAUUCCAGACGUGAAGAGGAAAGUCGUCAGGGACGAAGUCAAGGUGCGAUCGAGCACAUUAACAGAAGAACCAACAGUGACGACAGCCUGAUGGAGUAUGGUGAAGGAGAAGAGAUGGAGUUUAAUGAAGACGGUUCCUUCAUCGGAGAAUAUACAGGCGUCAGUAAGAGGAACAUGGACAGGAGCCCAUAUCAUGACAGCUCUGAGCCCACAUCUCCUGUGGCCAUCUACUCUUUUGCUUAAACGCCCACAUUAUGUCACCUUUACACACUCAGACUGAGACUAUGAUCCAUUUAAUCUGUCAGACUGGCUAGAAAUGACAAUAGUAUCUGGAUGCAGCCUUUAUGAUGCAAGCUGAGGUUGCAUCGCUCAGAGAUGCAAUGUCAGACACAAUGCACUCAAUGGAGUUUAGUGACGCAUAGUGACAUCACUGAUGAUUAGGGGUGUGGUUAGGUGAACAGAUUAAAAAGCAUUGGAUGAAGCUCAGAUUGCAUCUGCACCGAGUUUGCAGCCAGAUCCCUCUCGGAAAUAAGGUAAUUUAAAGAAACACACUGCUUAUUUUGGAAAUAGGCUCAUUUUACAUUUGAGCCUUACCGCUAGAGUAAAACAGUUGUGUUUCACCAUUUUUUCAUCCAUUCAACCGAUCUCUAAGUCUGGCAAAUGCACUUUUAGAUUAGUUUAGCUUAGCUUAGCAUAAAACAAUGAAUUGGAUUAAACCAUUAGCGUCUCGUUCAAAAAAAAAUUAACACAUUUAGAUAAAUUUCCUAUUUAAAGCUUGAUUUCUCUCUAGUUACAUCAUGUACUAAGACUAACAUAAAAUGAAAAGUUGUUCCAACGUAAUAAUCAAGGUCCUUUGCUGCCGUAACAUGGCAGCAACAAACAAAAUGGUAAAUGGCCGGCAGCUAGCUCUCUGCAACUCUCACAUGGUCGCCCACUGAAGCUAA